GACGCGGCAGGGGCCAGGCUCACAGCCCGGCCUUCGGGGCCUGGGCAGACGGCGUUCGGCGGAGCGCGGCCGGGGCCCUCCAUCUCCCGCCCGACCCCGCGCUCGCUCUCCCGCUCUCCGCGGUGGAGACCCCGGGACAAGGCCGAUGCCCCGCUCGCCCUCGGCCGCCCCCGCCGAGGCUCAUCCUCCCCGCCGCCCGCCGUACCUCGUCCCGCCGCCCUCCGACCUGCCCCAGCCCCGCCUCCCGCGCCCGGCGGGCACCGUGUGGCGCCGCGGUCCCGUCUGGCUGGCCCAGCCCCGGCUCGGCCCCUCGGGAGGCUCUGCCGCCGUUAUGGCGGCGCCGCGGCCCGGCCCGCCCGCAGCGCCGCUGGCGGAGCGGAGGCUGGUGGCGCUUGGCGAGGCCGGGCCGCGGGGAGACGAGUGGUGGGUGAAAAGUUGUCGGUGAGCCGGCAGUGCCCUUGCGGCCGGGAAGCAAAUGGUAUCCUCGGGUGCAUUGGGAAGAGCGUGGCCAGCAGGUCGAGGGAAGUGAUCCUCGCCCUCUACUCAGCCCUAGUGAGGCUGCAUCAGGAGUUCUGGGCUCCUUAGAAAGACAUGGAGAGGGUCCAGCGGAGGCCACGAAGAUGAUGAGAGGUCUGGAGCAUCUCCCUUAUGAGGAGAGGCUGCUGGAGCUGGGCCUGUUUAAUCUAGAGAAGAGAAAACAGAGGGGAUCUCACUAAUGCAUACAAAUAUCUCAAAGGCGGGUGUCAAGAGGAUGGUGCCAGACUGUUCUCGGUGGUGCCCAGCAACAGGACAAGGAACAAUUGCAAUAAACUAAAUAGCAAUAAACUAAAACACAAGAAGUUUCACCUCAAUAUUGAGGAAGAACUUCUUUACAUUGAGGGUGGCAGAGCACUGGAACAGGCUGCCUGGGAAGGUUGUGGAGUCUCCCUUUUUGGAGACAUUCAAAACCCACGUGAACACAUUCCUGUGUCACCUGCUCUAGGUGACCUUGCCUUGGACUAGAUGAACUCCAGAGGUCCCUUCCAACCCUAACAAUUCUAUGAUUCUGUGAGAUGGGCCUGUGCUGGCACAGGGCAGUGUGGCUGCGCACUGUGAUUGUCGGGGCUCCUCUGCAGCAGCACCCAGCUCAUGGGUGGCAUCUCCUGCCUGUUGAGACUCCUGAUCCAGCCCUUCAACCAGCGGAAAGAUCUGAGGCUUAUUUUACUCUUUGAAGCUCAACCCCCCCCCGCCCCCUUGCCAUGUUUGGGAUGGAAGUACUCAUGAUGGAUGUUUGGGAUGGAAGAGUUAUGUCUGCAGAGCUGCUUGUCUCCAAAGGGCACCCAUCCCAUGGAGACCAGGGUGAGAGUGGUGCCUGCAGCACGUCACAGACACCCUGUAACCCAGUGAUGAGCACUCACUGCUGUGCCAGGCACCCCUCUGACCCUCACAGGUUCCUCUCUCUCUCCUCACCUGCAUCUUUUGAAACUCUGAGGGCUGUCUGCAUGAAGUCAGUGUUUAACUGCUCUGAUACAAACCCACUGCAAGUGAGCUUCCAAGUCUGUCUGCUUGGUGGAAAACAGAACUGUUCUCAUCUGACUAGUGUUUGUGGGAAGGAACACUGAAGGCUACAUGAAGUGACUGCAUUCAGAGAAGGUGAGACAUGGAAGACAAGGAGAUAACUUGGAAAAGUAGACUUGGAACAGACAAAAGGAACCCCGGCAGAGAGCUGGGGGGACACAAAGUAUGUGAAGACUGGGGUGGAAAUCAAAGGAUGAGGAGGAGACUGAAGCACAGCAAAGAACAAAGGCAACUAGGAAGUGGCAUAUGGGGAAAGGAUGUGAAGGAACUCAUUUUAGCCUCUCUUUGCACAUUAUUCUGAGCUCACUUUAGAACACUUGAGCUCACUCAGAAGGCCUUCCCUUUCCUUCUGACACUGUCAUGGUGAACGUUAUAAAAAAAGCACCAAAACUUCACAAAAUAAAGUAUUUGUUGAACACCCCUAAAA